AGUUAGGGCUCUGCAACAAAACAAAGAUGACGGCAGUCGGAGUAUCUCACAGCCUUUCCUUCUUCCCUCUCCCGCCAUUCCAUCCAUCGCCGCCGCCGAAUCUUUGCUUUCAGGGGCACCAAUUCUCCAGUAUUUCUGCUUUCGCCCCAACACUUGCCUUAAUUACGAACCACUCCCGCAGCAAACCAAUUGCCAGUUGGAGUUGCAGAAGCAAGCAAAAUGACCUAAGAGAGGUCGCAUUCUUCGACGAAAACGGCGCCGUCAAGGACAUGGAUGCCUAUCUCAACAAUCUCUCCCUAGAAUAUGACUCUGUUUGGGACACCAAGCCCUCAUGGUGCCAGCCAUGGACAAUAGCAUUGACUGGUAUAGUAGCAAUUGCAGCAAGCUGGCUGAUUUUGCACUCUCUUGCUCUCACUGCAGUGGUUGUGGCUUUAAUAUCUGCAUGGUGGUACAUCUUCCUCUACUCCUACCCUAAGGCUUAUGCAGAGAUGAUCGCCGAGCGACGAGAGAGAGUAACAAAUGGCCUUGAAGAUACAUAUGGAGAAGAGAAGAAUCAGUGACCUCCCAGUUGUUGCAGCAGAAGAGAAAAAAGAAUGUCAUCAAGUUCUCCCUGCAGAGACAAUCAUGUUCUGUUUAUGGUGACAACUGACAGAGAUGACGGUAUCAGUGUGCCCCUCUAGCUGCUGGAGAGGAUUCUUUCCUUGCAGAUCCCAUAUCCACACGCAAUGAUCUUCAGAGCCACAGACGAUAUGCUUCCCAUUUGAAACCGAAAAUGUUGCUGCAAUGCAAUACACACUGUUCUUAUGGCCGGCAUAUACCUUCAAUAUUUUGUCAUCAAUGUAGUUCCUGAGUCUCUUUAACAAGGAAACACAAACAAGACACUUUCAUAUUACAAUUCAUUCAUGAGAUUAGAUUAUCAACUAGGGAAAGGCCAAGGUAUCAGAAUGCAUAAUUUUAACAGAUAAAUGUAAAGAUAAAGAUGAAAUUCACUCCUGAGAUCACAACUGAACUGACAGGCUGUUUGGUUGAAUGUAAUUUCAUUGCAAUUGAAUUGAAAUUCGUUGAA